AUGUCGUUCGCCCCGCCUUCUGGGCCUCCACCGCCCUCGGUACCUGAGGGAUGGAAAGCGCAGUAUGACGAUCGAUACCACGCUUGGUUUUAUGUAGACCUUGCUACAGGCAAAUCGCAAUGGGACCGCCCGGAAGCCGCCCCACCGCACGGUGACCCUCCCCCGCCAUCAUACAACAACGCCGGGCCUGGAGACCCAGCAGCGAUAGCCAAUGUGGGAGACCAGAAGCAACACAUGGGUUCAAACAACCCUUAUAACCCUUCAACAAAUGCUGGCCCAGGCAAUGCGAACUCUCACGUGAUCGACGAAGACGCACGACUUGCCGCUAAGCUUCAAGCCGAGGAAGAUGCCCGGGCUGGCACACGAGGAGCAGGAGCCGGCUCAGGAGAUCGUGGGGCCUCCUCGGACUACUACAACGAUGCCUCGCGGCCACAGUCCACUGGUCCAGGCGGAUAUGCGACGGGCUCAGCAUCGCAUAGCCCGAUGCCUGAACAGGCACAAAAGCGCAGCAAAGGUGGGUUUUUGAGCAAGCUGAUGGGCAAGAGCUUAAGCAAGCCGUCUCGGCCACAGCAACAGUACGCCUCGUAUGCCCAGCAAGGUCCUCCUCCUGGUGCUUAUUACGGCGGUGGCUAUCCUCCGCAACAGGGGCCCCAGCCUGGAUAUGGACUCUCCGGACCGGGAUACGGAGGCGGAUACGGAGGAUUCCCGCAGCAGGGUGGAUAUUACCAUCAGCAACCGCCCCGCAGGCAAGGUGGAGGGGGUAUGGGAACUGCCGGUGCUGCUGCUCUAGGAGUUGGUGGCGGUUUGCUUGGCGGUUUGCUGAUUGCUGAUGCUAUCGAUGAUUUUCAUGACAACGAUGAUUACGGCGGUGGCGGUGAUGAUUAUGGUGGUGGUGAUGACUUCGGAGGAGGCGACUUCUAA